AUGAAGGUUAUUUCAUCUAGCAACUUAAAAAUGCACGAUAUGAUGAACCUUCUUUCCACCGGUUCCUCUGUGAUUGUUUCAAGUUCGUUUGUACCUCUUACUCGUAUGUUGGAUCCCAACCACAUAUUUGUUACUGAACUUGUUCACCAACACUUGGUCAAUAAAAGUUCUAUAACAACUGCUGCGCCUAAGUUUGUAGUUGGUUCUAAUAGCACAGCUUCCUCCAAACUGGCAGCUGUGCCGUUAGUGAAAUUUGGGGACAUUUUUGUCUCCCGAUUUCAUCCUCAGAUUACUGCCACUCAACUCAAGACUGAAUUGUUUGAUGGUAUGGCCGUGUCAAUUACCCAAAUGAUCACCAGACAUCCUACGUAUUCCUCCUUUCAUAUUCGAGUUCCUGCCGAGAUGUUGACGGAUGUCUUGCAACCUUCUUUUUGGCCUGAAGGGAUUAUGGUUAAACGCUUCUGGGGACGUCUACUUCCUGAAAGGAUUGCCAACUCCUAG